AUGCUCGAUCAUGACGAUGCCCGCGACAUCGACCCAGAUGGUUUCCAGACUCCCUACACGAACCUCCCACCCCUUCCUCGCGACCCCAACGAAUCUCUGGAAACGAUCCGUGCCCGAUUGACGUACCAAUCCCGCAAGCGUGGAAUUCUCGAGACGGACCUCUUAUUGUCGACGUUUGCAAAGGAAUUCUUGAACAAGAUGUCGUUGGAGGAUUGUCAGCGCUUUGACAAGUUUAUGGAUGAACCCGAUUGGGAUAUCUACUACUGGGUGACGGGCAAGAAGGAGGUUCCAGAGCGGUGGAGGGGAGAUAAAGUGUUUGAGUUGAUUGUCAAGCAUGCAAAGAAUGAAGGACGGGUCGUCAGGCAGAUGCCGGCGUUGUAA